UCGAGGUUUGUAGCUGAGCCGAGGAGAGUUGGUACUGAUCCAGACUUGAUUUUCAGACGUUGAGCAAGUCCAGCUCUGUAUUGGCCCAAGUUGAGGAAGCAGUCGUCAGUGAAAUGUUUGGCGCUGCCGUGUUCUAGCAACGGGACGGCCAUGUGUUCCUGACCUCAUCUGACUCCCGCGCUGCGUUUGUAUCCAGUGGGCGUGGCCUAUGACGUAUUGGAUCCGGCUUCCUCAUCCGUCGAUUGAUGCUGCCAGAGCAUGGACAUAAUAGAGUGGCGAAGUCACGCCCCUUCCGGUAGGGCUCAUGGGACCUAUGAGAUCGAAAAAUAUGAAUGGGUGUCAAUUAGGGAUUAUCACGCUGAUACGUAUUACUUCCGCUUUUGGUGAUCAUUGUGCACUGUGACAUCCGGUGAAUAACUCAUCACUCUGGCGAAACGAUGAUGGAGGACCGGCAGUUCACUUUCACUACAUCCCUGAUAAAUCUACCCAAAAUCACGUUUUCUGACGUUCACAGACUCACUGAACAACAUUCCAUUACAGCCCGCUCCAAACUGGACAAGGGAUACAGUUUAUUUUUCGAGAAAUAUGUCUACGACUACGAAGUGUCCAACAUCAUUGAUAGGGAGGUGGCUGUCAGGUCUAGGUGUUACAGGUCGAUGAAGAAGCGAGAACAGCCCCACUAUUUGAAGAUUGUUUUCCAAGCUGACGGCGCCAAUCUUCAAGAAACCACAUGCAGCUGUACAGCAGGCAAGGUUCUUUGCAACCAUCUAGUGGCCUUGUUGUUCCAGAGUGCCCAUUACAGCAUGUUGCAGGUGAGAGCUGUACCACCUCCUAUGGCCUGCACAAGCUCUCUGCAAACAUGGCAUCGACCAAGGACUAAGGGGAUCCAUGCAGAGCCGGUUCCAGACUUGGUGGUUAGGAGACCAAAGCCAUCCCCCAGGAGUGUAUGCAAAUCAACUCUCUAUCAAGCAUACACAGGAUCCCUCCCUGACCUGCAAGUCUUGUCUCUUGGGGAAACACUGAAAAAUAUCAGGCCUCAACCACUGAUAUCCUCAGUGCUACAUGGCUUGUCUGAAGUCUCCAUGGUAGACUCCAGCUUCGGACCUGUGCCGCGGGGUUCACCCCUGUCCUACCAGUGUCCUCCUGUGGUCAAACUCAGAAAUGAUGUUCAACAUCCAGAUGCACCAUCAUUCCCUAAACUGCCUUUAGAGGGGUCAACGUGUCCCACUACUUUUCCAAAAUUUGCCUCAAACUCCCAACAGUUUCUCCAUUUGGACAGCUUAACUGUGACACAUGAGAUGGCAGCUGAGAGAGAGGAGCAGACACGUGAGCAGUCUGAGUGCCCAUUAUGGCAAGCUUUACGCAAGCCUAGAGUGACAGCUAGUAGGUUCUAUGAGGUUAGCCAUGUGAAAGGACCGUCUUCUGGUCAGACCCUGGCAGGGCGGAUACUUAAGGGUGUACACCAAACACCCGCAAUGAAAAGGGGCCUUGAUCGCGAGCCGCAGGUGCUGGAACAAUAUUCAAAACAUUGCAAUGUAAAUGUCUCGCGCUGUGGAUUUGUCAUCCAUCCCGAUGCUCCUCACCUCGGGGCUAGCCCUGAUGCGAGAGUAUAUGACCCAAGUGCCGUUCCGUGUUUUGGGCUGGCUGAAGUUAAAUGCCCAGACAUCUCCAACAUUUCUGAGGCAGGACAUGUUAAAAUCGUGAAUGACUGA